AUGCGUACUGGAAACUUCGCUCCAAGUCACCGAAAUUGUGCUCAACGAGCGUUGCUUACUUCGCACGUCCGUGAAUUGUCAAGUGCUACGAGCGUUGAACCGCGAGCUGAGCAAGAAGGCCGUGGAACAGAAGGCACUGUCGCAGAAGCUCUCGUUUCUCGGCCGUCAAUCCCCGCUCGUGUAAACCAAGGCCUCAGCACACUGGGUAGUGUGACAGAAGCACGCGACGGCGAGAAGUCCGGUAAGGCGGAAUCUAUGAAAGAAGCCUCUCCUGGCGUGCAAGCCGCUUCAGUCUUGCAACCUCCAGAAGAGCCAGGACCUUACGAUUGUUGCGGUAACGGCUGUGAGACCUGUGUAUGGGUUGCGUAUGCUGAGAAGCUCGCAGCGUAUGAGGAAAGCUUGAGAAAAGCUUCUAUUGCAUCCAAGGACGAUGACCACCCGUGA